CAGAACAGAAUACCAGAGCCUAGGGCAGUACAAAGAGAAUAAGUCGAAAGAGAAGACUGCUCAUUUAGGUGAACUCCCGGAGUUGUCAUUGUAUCUGGGAAGUUUAUCAUUAGAAACAGACUUUUGCAACUGAAGAAAAAAAAUGCCUCCACCUCGUUUGAAUCACCAAAAUCUCAGGAAUGAAUCCACCGCAAAAGACAAAACAGGCACUCUCGACAUCCCUGUGAAAUUCUUGGAUCAGGACUACCAGGAGCUGCGGAAGAGCUGUAUCACCAAUAAAAAGAGAUUUGUUGAUGACAAGUUCCUUCCAGACAGCAGCUCCAUUGACCCAAAGAAGAAACUUAAACUGGAUCUGGACCAAAUCAAGUGGUUGAGGCCAUCAAACAUAGUGGCAGAUCCUCAGCUCAUUGUAAAGGAGGUGUCCAGGUUUGACUAUUCCCAAGGGUCUUAUUUAGGAAACUGCUGGUUUCUUGCUUCAGUUGGGGCUUUAACAUUUCAGAAGGACAUCAUGGACCAGGUCAUGCCAGCUGACCAGUCAUUUGGCAAAUAUUAUGCAGGGAUAUUUCAAUUCAGAUUCUGGAGGUUUGGCAAAUGGAUUGAAGUUGUCAUUGAUGACAAACUGCCAACAAUUAAUGGAAAGCUCAUUUUUGUUCAUUCAAAAACAUCUAAUGAGUUUUGGCCUGCCUUACUGGAGAAAGCGUAUGCCAAGGUGUGCGGCUCCUAUGCUGACAUGCAUGCUGGUAGUGUAUCUGAGGCUCUGUUGGACUUCACCGGUGGUGUCCAUGUGUACUUCAAACUGAAAAAAACUUCCACUGAUUUGUGGAGCCUGAUGGAUCGUGCAGCCAAAGCAAAGGCCCUGAUGGGUUGCAGCACUUCUCAAGGGGACACAUCUGCAAACACAGUAUUACCCAAUGGUAUCGUUCAAGGCCAUGCAUAUACAGUGACAGAGGUUUUCGAGGUUGCAUGCCAAGGAGAACCAGUAAGGCUGGUGAGAGUGUUGAAUCCAUGGGGAAAAGGCGAGUGGAACGGUGCCUGGAGUGACAAGUCUUCAUUAUGGAACAAUGUGAGUGAAAGUGACCAAUCCAAAUGUCGUUCUUUGGCCAUUGACGGAGAGUUCUGGAUGUCAAUGGAGGACUUCACUGAAAACUUUAGGGCCAUUGAUAUUUGCUGCCUCAGUCCUGAUUUUCUGGACAGUUCCUCUAAAUGCAGAUGGACUUCCACAUGCUAUUACAGCAGCUGGGAUGCUGGGACUACAGCUGGUGGCCGUCCCAGUAAUAAAGAGACUUUCUGGACAAACCCUCAGUUUCGGGUGAGGAUUGAGGAGCUCGAUGAGGAAUGUGCUAGUGGCCAGUGUCCUGAAAACAUACUGGUGUCCCUCAUGCAGAUCCAUGAGAACAGAUACAGAAGUCUUGUUUCUAACUACGCCAUUGGCUUCAGUGUUUUUGUGAUACCACUAGAGAUGAAAGAUGAGAAGUUCCCAGCCAAGUUCUUCUACAAUAAACGUCCCGUGGAAGCUAGUGAGAAAUUUACCCAAGCAAGACAUGUGAUGAAAUUCUUCAAGCUUGAACCAGGAGAGUAUCUCAUUGUACCAUCCACUUUCAAUCCUAAUGAGUCUGCAAAAUUCAUGCUGUCCAUCUUCUUAAGGAGUGAAACCCACAGGAGAAAUUAGAAACCUGUCAUGACAUUGUAUGAGACCAAUUAGUGGGACACCAGUUGAAUGGAAAGAGACUAGUGCAUUGAUUUUAUAUUAGCUAUUUUUUCUUUUUACUUUAGUGCAAAACAUAUUCAGUCCAUGGUCAUGUAAUUUUACGUAAAUAUAUAGAUUUUGUACUUCAGUUCUGUUUUACAAAUGAGUACAAAGCAGUUUCUCAAAAUCAUUGUUUAAUGCAUAGAUCUAGACAGAAUGUUGUGCAUACAAACACUAUGCUUCAGAAUUGCAGAUUUAAAGGAAU